CAUGGCUGCUGCUGCUGCUGCUGCUGUUGCUGGCCCAUCGUUGCAUGUGUGUUUUUUGCAAUACGCGGAACCUGCUGGAAGGAACGGAGGCGCACAACACUAACAAACGGCUCGCGCCCGUGACUCACUUACGAGUGUGACGAGUGGGGUGGUUUCGAUGAAAACAAAGCCAGGCCUGGGCUAAGAAUAAUAAGAAUAAGAAGGAGAGAGGGAGGAAAAAAACAUCGAUAUCGAAUGUCUCCUAGUCCUACGGUCCUACGGUCUUAUGCAGUGAAAAAAUCCUAUAGACAGACUGUGUGCAAACUUACCGUACCAACCCAACAGUAAGCAGAAAGUGAGUGAAAAGUGUGCAUUUUAAGAUGGCAACCAGGAAAAAAGCGCUUCUGAAGGUGAUCGUGCUCGGUGACAGCAGCGUGGGCAAGACGUCGCUGAUGAACCAGUACGUGAACAAGCGCUUCUCGAACCAGUACAAGGCGACGAUCGGGGCCGACUUCCUCACGAAGGAGGUCGUGAUCGAUGAGCGGGUGGUAACGAUGCAGAUCUGGGAUACGGCUGGCCAGGAGCGGUUCCAGUCGCUCGGCGUAGCGUUCUACCGUGGGGCGGAUUGCUGUGUGCUAGUUUACGAUACGACCGCGCCCAACACGUUCAAAAAUCUCGAAUCGUGGAGGGAUGAGUUUUUAAUCCAAGCGAGCCCGCGCGAUCCGGACCACUUCCCGUUCGUGGUGCUGGGUAACAAAAUUGAUUUGGAAAACCGAGCUGUGUCGACAAAGCGUGCUCAGCAGUGGUGCCAGACGAAGAACGACAUACCGUACUUUGAGACAUCCGCCAAGGAGGGCAUUAACGUUGAUCUAGCUUUCCAAACCAUUGCCAAAAAUGCAAUAGCCCAAGAAACGGAGGUUGACCUGUACAACGAUUUCCCCGAUCAGAUCAAACUGAACACACGGGACAGCCGGCCACGAAAUGGGGACAACUGCUCGUGCUAAUAUUAUCGAACUAGUAAAAUUGACCGCCCUCCUUCUGACCCAAUAGCAGCAGCAGCAGCAACAACACUGCACGAAACAAACGGUGGCACUUUCGGUGCCGCCCUCAACCACAAUAAUCACAGCAACCACAGCAGUAGCAGCAGCUUGAGCAUAAGCAGCUGCAACGGCAGCACCAGCAGCGACAGCAUGAGCCACACCAGCAGCAGCGAUAACGAUAGCGACAGCACCAACAGUGACGACAGCAACAAUAGCAAUAGCCACGAAGCGAAGCACGGUGGUAGUGGUAGUGGUUGUGCUACUACCGCAAUAGACGCAAUCCUUCCCAGAUGAAAAGAAGAGCAUGCAUAAGCAAACAAACAAAAAACAAUCUUCUUCCAGCUUACAAACACACAUCCUCUCAGAAGGCGGAAGGUUCUCAAGUAACCAAAUCCCCCCCCCCCCUGCUACAUCCCUUAAUAUUAUGUUCACCCAACGGGUGCGAGCAUAAUGGUUCGGGCGCUAUUUCGCUGUAUGUGUGCAGCAUUAACGUGCACCGCACGUCGCCAAAUUAAUUUUCGCGAUUUUCACUUGUUUCGUGUCGCCCUCUACUGGCUGGGAUUUGGACUUGAGAUGCAAUUUUAGCUAUUUAAAAACAAAAAACAAAUGAUCGAAUCUUCGAUACAGGGCAAUAGGCAAGAAUGGUAGAGGUAAAACACACACACACACACACACACAUAAGGAAGGAAUUUACGACGAGAGGCUGCGAAGAUCGCAAUAAGCAUUACAAACCGUGAUCGCGAUGAUUGUGUUCCAUUUUUCUUUUCCGUACUACGGUAUUCAAAAAGGUUAUACUCUACAUGUACUAGAUUUGGCGCUGCAAACGCUUGAAAGCUUGAAAGAUGCAAAAGUGCAAAGAAGAGAGUCUCCGGCUUUUGUGCGAGCUGUUGGGCGUCCCAAGAGCUUUUCCCAUGAAUGAUGAUGGGUGGAUGUGUAUCAACACACACACACACAAUGAAAACACACAUACUGAAUGAUCAGUUGUGCAAAUUUGCCCACGAAAAGAAGGGCUUCAGCACACAUGAGAGAGUAGACGCAGCCUAACCCCAACCCCCAAUGCUCGAACUAGCUUCGCUUUCUUAGACGCGCUCCGCGUAGCAGCAAAGAAGCAUCGGGCGAUAAGUGUUCUAUGUGUGUUUUAGCGUGUUGUGUAUAUUUCCCCCCGCCCUGGUAAAUGGAUGUUAAAGAAGUGUGUCACCAAACUGCCGUCUGGUGUUUUGGCAAAGGCAUUGCUACAAGCUAGCUAAAUUAUGCAUGAGAUCGCUGCACACGACGACGACGACGACGACGAGAAAUCGAACCGCUCCAGCACGAAACUACGAUACCAUCCCCACAGACAGAUGGCGUGCCGGCUACAAGAUGAAAGAAGGACGGAAGCGUGGAGAACGGAGCGGCUAACCUCACUCCAGGAAACGUUAGACGACGAACCCGAUGUGGAUCCCUUUGACGGAUCCGCAGUAAGUCGUGCGCAGCAGCAGCGAGUGUGAUGUGGUGCAAAGGAACGAACACGGAAGAAUGGGGGAGAAAAAAGGUGUAGAAAUAGUAAUGCCGUAAUUGAUAAUUCUAUCGAACAUUAUACAUAUUACAUUAUAUAGUAAAGAAUGAAAAUUAUAUCUCAUAGAGAAAACCCCCGCCCCUCCCCCCUAUUAACCCCAGCUACGUUAUUAGUGGAAGUAUAAUUUCUCGACCUCGAUCCUCUUUGAAAACAACGUACCCCACUCCGCAUACAGGCUUGCUCUGGGAAGGAAAAAAAACUGGCAAUGAAAUGGUGUUGUUUGCUCCCUGCACACGAUAGAGAGCAAACAGAGAAUGUGCAUCCGAUGCAAAUGCUCCCCAUUCAUUCCAUGUUAUAUGUGUGCGUGUGCGUGUGUAUGUGUACUAUCACAAUCUGGCGGAGGUAAAAGAGCAACUGUUGCGUCUUUUGCUUCUCGCAACCUCACUUCCAGCAUCACGAACCAAGGUUGUUAGAAUUGAAGAAAUUGCUUCGCCAUCUCUUCUAGCGCGUGUUGCCCGUUAUUUUGUUUGCGCGGUGUUUAAAUCUUUGUUUCGUUCGUUAAGGCUAAAUCGUUGCGAAAGUGCAGCCCCCGUCCCAAUGCUGGUCCUUCCGUGUGUUUGCAUAACUUUGAAGAUGCACAGCUCGGGACGCGGGAAUUACGGCAAUGGGAGAAUAGGUACGCCACACGACCUACACAUGCUUUCAAAAUUCGAAGUGCACCCACGGCAAUUAGAUAAACGAAGUAUGCUGUAAGUUCCAAAAUUGCAUUAGCGUAACAUUUGUAACAGGAUGUGCGGCGGAUUGUGAAGCAAGAAUUUUGAUUACGCUGCAGAAGCCGGAGAGGAGGGUUUAGAGCGCGGACAGACGGUAUAGGGUGUGUAAAUCGGAUACCGAAGCACGGUUCCACCACCCGAACACAUACACACAUUCGUAACAUUUUAGCUAUGAGAACUAAACGUGAUCGUUAGAAUGAUUAAUGGAGGGCGAUAAACAAUGGAAGAGUGUAGCUGAACAAAACAAACAAUAAACCUUUAUGAUAACUGAUUAUGGUAAAA